GCUGCCCGUCCGCAAGCACCCCUGCCCGCCCUGUGCUGCAGGCUGGCGGCAGGUGGAGGGCAGUGGAGGCGCUGCUGGCGGAUGGAACAGCGGACCCCGUUUGCAUCUCGCCAACCUUUGUAGGUUGCUGACCUUCAAACCUCCAUCCACCAUCACCUCUCCCUCCUCUCCCGUCCCGCCUCUUGUUUCCCAAGCCAGCAAUACGACACUCAAACACAACUGGAGGAGCUGCCUUGCCGUCCAAGACAUUGUCUCCGACACCUUCCUUCGCAGCAUCAUCGUCUUUCGCCUAGACACAGACCCAGGUGUCCGCUGGACAGCUGUCGCCCGCCACCAUGCGCAUCACGCUCAGCAUAUACAACCCGCAGGCCGCGAACCAGGAUAACCUGGUGACGCUCGACAUCUUCCCCGACAUGACCAUCUCCACCCUGCGCGAGUCCAUCCAGGCCGAUGCCAACAUCCCGCCCGCCUCACAACAGAUCUACCAUAACGGCCGCCUCAUCUCGGACGACUCCAAGACCAUGGAGGAGCUGCAGAUCGCCGAUGGGGACAUGUUGGCCGUGCACGUACGACCGCCCCGCGCCGCCGCGACACCUGCCCAGGCUCAGCGUCCGCAGGCCGCCCGCCCGUCAGCGGCCGCACCCGCGCAAACGCAGUCCCAACCGCGCCAGGGCGGCGACAACGACCCUGAGAUGGUACGCCUUCAGGUGCUGGGUGACCCCGCUCUGAGGCAGCAGCUGCAGAGGCAGCAUCCAGAGCUGGCCAGCGCCGCCGAGGACCCCGCCCGCUUCGCCGCCAUCCUGCGAGACGCCCAGGACCGCGAGCGCCGAGAGCGCCUGGAGCGACAGCGGGAGAUUGAGCGCCUCAAUGAUGACCCCUUCAACAUUGAGAACCAGAGGAAGAUUGAAGACAUGAUUAGGCAGGAGCGCGUCAUGGAGAACCUGCAAAACGCCAUGGAGCAUAACCCCGAGGUGUUUGGACGUGUGCACAUGCUCUACAUCAAUGUAGAGGUCAACGGACACAAGGUCAAGGCCUUUGUCGACUCUGGGGCGCAGGCAACCAUCAUCUCUCCGUCGUGCGCCGAGGCAUGCGGCAUCAUGCGCCUUGUCGACACGAGGUUUGCCGGCGUCGCCCGCGGCGUGGGCACGGCAAACAUCAUCGGCCGCGUCCACUCCGCCCAGAUCAAGAUCGGACAGCUGCACCUGCCAUGCAGCUUCACCGUCAUGGAGGGCAAGUCGACCGACUUGCUUCUCGGCUUGGACAUGCUGAAGCGCUACCAGGCCACCAUCGACCUGGCCAAGGACAAGCUCAUCAUCCAGGGCGAGGAGGUGCCCUUCCUCGGAGAGGCCGACAUUCCCAAGGACGAAGAGGCCGCCGCCGCUCAGGAGCCCACGAUACCCGGCCCGGCGGGCACCUCGAUAGGACAGCGAUCUGGGGUGGUUAUGCCGCCCGGGCAGGCACAGCCGCCACCGCAGCAGCAGCAGCAGCAGCAGCAGCAGCAACAGCCGUCUGCGCCGACGCCGCCGGCACCAGUGCCAGCCGCUCAGGCACCUUCGGCGGCUACGCCAAACGUCACUCCCGCGCACGUCGACAGUCUGGUGGCAAUGGGCGCCACCCGCGAGCAGGCUGUCCAGGCGCUGCAGGCGGCCGAGGACAAUGUUGACGUCGCCGCCGGUUUGAUUUUCUUCUGAGCUGCGGGCAGGCGACGGGGUUUCAUCUUGGGAGCAUUCGGUUGCAUAGCAUCUGGGCUUUUUGGGGCAAGGGAACGUCAUCAUGUCAACGACGCACGCUUUUUGGUAGCUUAUAUGUUUUUCUUUACUCUCUGGUCAAAUCACGGAAAAGACAAAGGCGCAACCUGGCGACCGAGGACAGCCUGGGCUGCAAAGACGACAAUGCGGGGGAAAUGUACAUGGGUCGGGGGGUGCCGGUGAUGAGAUCAAAAAAGACAUGCUCGGUGCGUCACAACUUGGCAUGGCCGUUGCAUUAUCUAUCAAGUAUCCUGCCGACCUUUUCUCGGUCGACUUAUCCACAGCUUGGUGAUGACAAUGUUCUCUCUUGGACCGGUUACUGGUGACUUCCUCCAUAAUGUCCUCUUUUCGACAAGGCACCUGUCACCAUCACUCCCUCCACGGCUCAGCGGAUCUUGUACACACACGGCUUGAGAAUGGCUGCCUCGCUGGCAUCCACGCCGGCCUCGUCGUCAUCCUGGUCGCCCUCAUCCCACUUGGGCGCAAACGUCUUUUUCUUGCCGCCCCUGGUCCCCCCCUCCUGCGCCGCCGCCGCCGCCGCAGCCUUGACGCCCUUGCCCUUGGUCGGGGCGGCGCCCUUGAUAAAGUGCAUCUUGACGAACAUGCGGUUCGACAUGUCGACGGCCUCGGCGCGCUCCCCGCGGAGCACGAAGCCGCGCCGGCGCAGCGCCUCGACAAAGGCCGACACGUCCGUCUCGCGGCGCCGGUCCUCGACGCCGUCCACCUCGACGGCUAGGUCCUGCCCGUGCAGCGCCGUCGGGUCGUCGUCGGCGCCGGCGCCGCCUUUCUUGCCGCCCUUCUUGCCGGAAGUAGUAGCGGCGGCCGCCUUUUUGCGGUUGCCGACGCUGUGAGCCACGACGCCGCCGCCGCCGCCAGCAGCCCUCUUGCCGGCGGCGCCCGAGGGCGGCCCGAAGCGCGACUUGAUCUCGGCGACCCAGAGCUCGCCCUUCCAGUGCAGGACGCGGUACGCCUCCUCGAUGAAGUCGAUCCAGUUGGUGCCCAUGAGGGCGAGGCAGAAGAUGGCCACGUUGACGGAGCCGUCGGCCAGCGGCAGGUCGGCGAUGUCGGCGCGCGUGACGAGCGGGCUCG